GGACUCCCCCUUUCAAUCUUGUCUCAUUGAAACAGUUUCUUGGAUUUUUGAAGAGGAAAAGAGAUCAGAGAAGGAUGGAGCUGACAUGGGCAGGAGCUCUGCUUCUUCUCUGUAUACUUUUCACCCUUUUCUCAUCCUUCCAAAUAUACAAGAAAAAGGGGCAGCUGCCCCCAGGACCCACCCCAUGGCCUUUUCUGGGGAACGUCUUGCAGCGAGAUGUGCUACCUUUGGAAAAAUACUAUAAAAAGCUUACUGCAAAGUAUGGACCUAUAUUUACUGUCUGGAUCGGAUCAAAACCAAUGGUUGCACUUUGUGGAUAUGAGGUGGUAAAAGAUGCUUUGAUAGAUCAUGCGGAAGAAUUUGGUGGGCGAAGUGAAACAGCUGCAAAUAGGCGAAUGUUCCAGAAUAAAGGUCUUGCCACCCCUGGUGAGAAGAAAUGGAGGGAGCUGCGACGGUUCACACUGUCCACUUUGCGAGAUUUUGGGAUGGGAAAGAAAAGAAUGUCUGAAAGGGUCCAGGAGGAAGCCCUUUGCCUGGCAGAGCUAAUGGCUACCACAAAAGGGCAGCCUUUUGACCCAAGAAGGGGAUUUGCAAGUGCUGUUUCUAAUGUGAUCUGCGCAGUCAUCUUUGGCAAUCGAUUUGAUUACAAAGAUCAAACCUUCAUAGAGAACCAGCAGAUAGUGGAGUCUCAAAUAAGAUGGUUUCGUGGUUUCCCAGGACUGGUGUACAAUACUUUUCCAAAUAUAAUGGAGUACAUUCCUGGGCAACACACCAAGAGUUUUGCUGAUGCUGAAAAACUCUCUGAUUAUAUCAGUGAGAAGGUGGAGUUCCACAGGAAGACGCUGGAUCCCCAGAACCCCCGUGACUAUAUUGAUUGCUUCCUCAUUAGACAGGAGAAGGAAGAGAACUCAUCUGAGAUUGUCUAUACUCUUGAAGAUCUUGUGACAAUUGUGUUUGGACUCUUCAUUGCUGGGACAAUAACCACCAGCCAGACCUUGCUCUACAGCCUCCUAGUGAUGGUCAAAUUGCCACACAUUCAAGCUAAGGUGCAACAGGAGAUCGAUGAGGUGGUGGGUGCAAACCGCACUCCAGGCAUGGAAGACCGGUUGAGGAUGCCUUUCACAAAUGCUGUUGUCCACGAGGUCCAACGGUAUCAGAAAGGGAGCCUUGAGAACUUUCCACGGGCAACAACUUGUGACACAAAAUUCCAUGGAUACAACAUUCCCAAGAACAUGGCUGUUGUGCCAAUGCUUUCCUCUGUACAUUUUGAUCCUCUCCAUUGGGAGACUCCAGAGAAGUUCAACCCAGAUCAUUUUUUGGAUGAAAAGCACGAGUUCAGGAAGAGAGAUGCUUUCAUGCCAUUCUCAGCAGGGAAGCGGGCCUGUCCAGGGGAGGCCCUGGCUCGGAUGGAGCUCUUCCUGUUCUUCAGCACUCUGCUCCAGAAGUUCACCUUCCAUGUGGCUGGGGACAGCAAAGAUACAGAUAUAUGGUCUUUGUUUAUGGACUUCAGAAAUAAGAAUCAGUAUCCCUUUAUACGAGCUGUUAAACGUUCAGUGGACACUUGUGUUCAGUAAUUAAGAGAAGGAAAGUAGCCAAGGACCUAAUGUGUGACUUCUUUUCUUUUCUUUUCUUUUCUUUUCUUUUCUUUUCUUUUCUUUCUUUCCCCCUCCCCUCCCCUCCCCUCCCCUCCCCUCCCCUUGCCUCCCUUUCUUCCUUCCCCUCCCCCCCCUGCCUGCCUUUUUGGCACAUAUUGUAUCCAACGAACAGCUCUUUUUGAGGCCUGGGAACUGGUCUGGCCAAUCCUAUAUUAAUAGAUAAUUAAUUUAAUUUUUAUGGUAAAGAUAGCUGCCCUUACCUUAGCUCUAAAUAUGUUUUAUGGCCCUAUUAAGAAUACUUCUGAAAUAUUUCAUAGCUGUUUCUCUAAGCUAUAUUCUGCAAACUGUCAAUAUAUAAUUUGUACUGGAGAUUUCAACUUCAUUCAAGAUUCUCAGGUAGAAGUACUAUGAGAAAUUGAUGUUGUGGAAUAAGCUAAAUUGAAAGUAUCGAGGAAGAUCUUUUAUUUGGGCUAAAUACAAGAGCAAGUCAUGUUUAAAUCUGUUGAUAUCUAAUGGUUGUUUUAAAGACUGACAGACUGUGUGUUGUAUAUGACUUAUCUGUAAUAUUUGCUUGGCAAUACAUACAACUAAAACCUGUAUUAUUUUGACUCCCAGGAGUUCUCCCUAGCAGCCUCCGAAGUGGCUGCAAUUUUAGAAUCCUUAACAGAUGCAGCCCUUGAAUGGAAUCUGACCAGUCACUUUGAUAAGGAAUUAAACAGUAACAUGAA